AUGGCCAAGUCAAUGCAGUAUUUGUUCGAAAAGGCCGAAUUGGAAUGCCAUGGUUUGGGCCAGAUUGUGCUUCGUAUACAAGCGCGCUAUAUACGAUCUGCCAUAGCACCGGAAAUUGAGGCCUUCGAGAAUUCGUUCGACGAAAUCAUUCAGACAGCGGAGCUUUUCCUGACCGCCACGGAGAAGAUAUCUGAGUCUUCAGAUAUCGCGGACUCAUAUCCAGGAAAGGAGAUGGGAAUGGUCUAUGAUGAAGAUACCAAGUACCUUUGGGGUGCAAUUCUCCACAAGAACAAGGACGCCGAUCCUAGUGAAGUACCAACUCUGUCUACAGAUGAGGCUGACAUCAACGAAAUCAAGAAAUACUGGCAUAUUGAGCACUUCUACCACCCAAUAAGACACGUGCCAGGAACCACUUGGCACAAGUUUUUCGGAGGAAUUAGGCUGCCACGCCUCACUGCAGGAAACCCAUCUUUGUUCCUGAAGAAAGGAGCAAAAUCUUUUUUUGUGGUCAACUUCCCAGAGACCGUCACCUGGCUUGCCCAGGAACUUGGUUCAGAGUACGAGAUGUAUCGUGCCCUUUUCGAUCGGGCUACGGGAGAGGCUGGUCAAUACAGUCCUGCUAGGUUCAAGAAUCUGCGUGUUAACAAAAUUCAACAACGGUUCUCUUCCCUCUUUAGAGGCUGGAAAACGAUUGGGGACGAGAGGAUCGUCCUCUUCGAAGAGUUGGAUGGACUUACCUGGCCGGAACACGAAGGCCUCGGGUUUUCGAAAUUCGAGUUUAUGAGUGUUGAAAUGAACGACCCAGAUCUUACUGGCGUCGCAUUGACGACACAUGAGAUGCCUGAGAUCCCUAAUCUUCUGCACGCCUACCCGUACAUUUAUUAUUUCAAGCCUGCGUGUCAGAAGACUAAUCAAUAA